AGCGACGAGACUCUCCCAAAUAAAUAAACUCAAAAAACCACCAAACUGAGAAAAACCCCACAAAUAAAAAAUUUGUAUAGCCUUUGUGUUUUCUCAGUGUUUCAAGCUAAAGACUUUCAGUCUUUCGCACAGAGAGAGACACAGAGAGAGAGAGAGAGAGAGAGAGAGAUGCCUGAGACUGUGUCUUCAGGCUCUUCUAUUUUCUUUGGCCUAUAAUGAACACAGACCCAAACCUCUUCUUCUCAGAAGAAGAUGGCUCAUUUUCAUCUUCAUCAACAACAGCAAUAUGAAGAAUCAAAUGCACAGAUAGAGGAAAACACAACUCUUUUAUUGGACGCUCUUUAUUGCUCAGAAGAGCACUGGGAGGAAGAUGAACAAGAAGAAGUUGAAGAUAACUAUCAUUGCAAUAGCUAUAAUAAGCCAAACCCUUUUCCUGUUUUGCUAGAACAAGACCUUUAUUGGGAUGAUGAGGAGCUAAUCUCUUUGUUCUCAAAAGAACAAAAAAAUGAAGUCUUUGAAAGUCUCAACACUGAUCCAUAUCUAGCUGGGGCAAGAAGAGAGGCUGUGGAUUGGAUUUUAAGGGUCGUUGAGCAUUACUCUUUCUCUGCUCUCACAGCUGUUCUUGCUGUCAAUUACUUUGAUAGGUUCCUAUUCGGCUUCCAAUUUCAGCAAGGGAAGCCAUGGAUGACUCAGCUCGCUGCUGUGGCUUGUCUAUCUCUUGCUGCCAAAGUGGAAGAGACCCAAGUGCCUCUUUUGCUUGACCUGCAGGUGGAUUUGAGUACGUAUGUAUUUGAGGCCAAAACGAUUAAGAGAAUGGAGAUUUUAGUGCUCUCAACGCUUCAAUGGAAAAUGAAUCCUGUAACCCCACUUUCUUUUCUUGAUUAUAUCACAAGGAGGCUUGGUUUAAAGAACCAUCUUUGUUGGGAAUUUCUAAGGAGGUGUGAGUGCAUUCUUCUCUGUGUCCUUUCAGAUUCUAGGUUCAUGUCUUAUCUCCCAUCUGUUGUGGCCACUGCUACAAUGCUGCACGUUGUUAAUACUGUAGAGCCUUGUCUUAUUGUUCAAUACCAAAACCAGCUAUUGGGUAUUCUCGGAAUCGAUAAGCAAGACAAAGUAGAUGAGUGCUGCAAGCUCAUCUUGGAAUUGGCUUCAAGAGGCAAUGGCAAUCCGUCCAACAAGCGCAAGUUUGGCUCUUUACCAAGCAGUCCAAAGGGUGUAAUGGACGUGUCAUUUAGCUCUGAUAGCUCAAAUGAUUCAUGGGCUGUGGCAGCUUCAUCAGUCUCUUCCUCACCUGAGCCUUUGUCCAAGAAGAGCAGGGCUCAAGACCAGCUUUUACAGCCACUCAACCAUCCAAGUUCAGAUAUUCUCAGCAUUCCUCGUUAGCUAGUUCCCUAAAUUCACUCUUAUGGACUACAGUCUACAUAGUCUUGUAUGUUUAAUAAUCAAUAUUUUUCUUUUAUAUAUGUCCAAGUUAAAUUGCCUACCAUCUCUGCAUUGUUUAGCCAAGUCCAAUUUCGUGGCUAAUAUAUACCACAUAUGACUUAGAGCACAAUCUUGUAAAGGAUUGGUUGGGAGAUUUGGGAGCAGAGAUGGUUGGCAUUUUAUCCGGAAAGAAUCAAAGGACUUGAACAUAGUAAUGAAGAGUACCUACUCGCACUUAUAUAUUUA